AUGGGUAAAGCUAAGAAAGGAAAACGUUCUGGUAAAGACAAUGAUAUGGAUAGUGAUGUUGAUAUUGACGAGCAGUCAGUAGCAAGUCAAGAUUCCAAAACAAAGUCAUCAAAAUUAUCGGUUAAAGACAAAAAGAAAAAAAAAGAUGAAAUUGAUGAUCUAGCUGAUGAUUUAGAAGAGCUAAAAAUGGACAAAAGUAAAAAUAAAAAAGGUAAAAAAGGCAAUCGUAAAGCUUAUGAAGAUUCUGAUGAUGAGUCAAUUAGUUUAUCAAGUAAAAAUGUGCAAAAAGGCAAAGAUAAAAAGGAUAACGAGGAUACAGAUAGUGAUUCUGAGGUUAAAGUUAGUAAAGGAAAGAAAAAAAAUCAAAUAAAAAAAGGGUUUGCUGCAUUAAAUUUAGAUUCUGAUAAUGACAAUGAUGAGAAUAAUGAUAAUGAUGAUGAAGAAAAAGUUACGGCUAAGCCUAAAGGAAAAACAAAGAAAAAGAAAGGAAAGAAGGAUAAUGAUUUCGAUGAUUUUGAUGACGAUGAAAAUGAGCGUGUUAAUAUUAAAAUAGACGAGGAUGACGAUGAUGAUAGCGUAACAUCUGCAGCUAAGAAUAAAGUUAAUAGCAAGAAAAAUAAAAAGAAAAAGGAUGAUGAUUUCGAUGAUGAUAACACCAAGGUAAAAGGCAAAACGAAAAAAGAAAAGAAAAAGUCUUUAUCUGACGAUGAAGAUGAUAUCAUUAGUAAAUCUUCCAAAAAUAAACCAGGAAAGAAGAAAAAUGACAGUGAUGAUGAAAUUGAAAGAGUUUUAGCAGAGUUAGAAAUGGAAUACUCAGGUAACAAAAAAGUCGAAGCUAAACCUGUUCAAGAUGACACUAAAAUUGAAGAAGAUAAAGACGGUAAAGAUGAAGGGGAAGAUAAAGAUGAUGAUAAGAAGAAAAAGAAGAAAAAUAAAGCGAAAGGUAAAGAUGUUAAAGAAAAAGAUCAAGAGAUUUCAACAAAAGUUGAAGAAUCAAAAGCUGUUGCUGAUGAUGAAAAGGGUGACGAUGAAAGUGGUACAGCUGCUCUGAAACAGUUAAAAGAGGAUGAAGAGCGUGCUAAGCGAGACGAAGAAGAACGAAUUCGCCAGGAAGAAAUACGUGAGCAACUUCGUCUCAAGCAGCUUCAAGAGGAACAGGAACGUAAAGAAAAGAAAAAGUUGAAAGAAAAACAACGAAAAGAGCGUUUGAAAGCUGAGGGUAAAUUAUUAACACCUAAACAGAAACAAGAACGUGCUCGUGCACAGGCUAUGCUUGACGCUCUUAAAGCUCAAGGUCAUGAAGUUCCUGAUAAAGGAGAAAAAAAAACCCGUACUCGUCUUCCACUCGGUUCACGUCCGCGGCUUAAUAAAUUGAAUAAACAGUCUAGUCAGGAUAAUAAAACUGAUAAUGAUAAACAACAAGAAGAUAACAAUAAAAUCCAACAGGUUAAAGAUGACGACAAAGAAUCAUCUAAGAAUUCAAAUGAACAGGUUCAGCUCGAGAUUGUCGAUUUACCUGCUAAAGUAAGUGAAGAUGUUGGAGAGAUUAAAGACUCAUGGGAUGUUGAUUCGAGUGAAAAUGAUGAAGAUGAUAAAUCUGAGGAAACAAAAAAACAAAAAUCUGCUAAAGUUGAUAAUAAAUCUACUAAAACAGUGUCCACUAAAAAAGCGGAUAGUGAGGAGAGUGAAGAGAGUAGUGAAAGUGGUGAUGAAUCUGAUGAUGACAAUGAUAGUGAUGAUAGUAGUGAUAGUAGUGAUGAUAACGAAGAUAGCAUUGAUGAUAAAAUGACAGAUGCCGAAAAGAAAAGGGAAAGAGUGAAAAUGAGAAUCGCUAAUAGGCGUAUUGAAGCCGAAAAGAAAAAGACAAUAGAUAAUUUACGUGCUGCAGUUGUUUGUGUACUUGGUCAUGUCGAUACUGGUAAAACUAAAAUUUUAGAUAAAUUAAGAAGGACUAAUGUUCAGGAUGGUGAAGCUGGUGGUAUUACACAACAAAUCGGAGCUACUAAUGUGCCUAUUGACGCUAUCAUUGAUAGUACCAAGCAUGUUAAAGGGAUUGCUGAUAAAAAAUUCAAACUACCAGGGUUAUUAAUUAUCGACACACCUGGGCACGAGUCAUUUAGUAAUUUACGUAACCGUGGAUCAUCUCUCUGUGAUAUUGCAAUAUUAGUUGUUGAUAUUAUGCAUGGAUUAGAGCCACAAACAAUCGAAAGUAUUGGUCUUUUAAAAGAAAAAAAGUGUCCAUUUGUUGUUGCCUUAAAUAAAAUAGAUAGACGAACAAACGAAGUUAUAGGACAAUUCGCUGAAAAGGGAUUGAACGCUGCGUUGUUUUACAAAAAUCCUGAUCCACGUAAUUAUGUGUCUCUUAUACCAACGAGUGCUAUAACUGGUGAGGGUAUGGGUAAUUUGUUAUCACUGAUCGUCGAAUUUAGCCAAGGUCCAUUAGCUAAACGUUUAAUGUACAGCGAAGAAUUACAAGCAACUGUUUUAGAAGUUAAAGUAUUGCCUGGACUUGGUACAACAAUUGAUUGUAUUCUAGUCAACGGAUCACUGAGAGAAGGUGAUACGAUGAUUGUCGCUGGUACUGAUGGCCCUAUCGUUACUCAAAUCCGUUCAUUACUUAUGCCGCAACCACUUAAAGAAUUACGAGUUAAGAAUGCCUACAUCGAGUAUAGAGAAAUAAAAGCAGCUCAAGGUGUUAAAAUAGCAGCGAAAGAUUUAGAAAAAGCUAUUGCUGGAUUAAAUUUAUUAGUCGCUCAAAAACCCGAUGAAGUAGAUUUAUUGAAAGAAGAAAUAGCUAGAGAAUUAUCCAAAGCAUUAGGUAACAUAAAAUUAGCUGAACGUGGUGUAUUUGUUCAAGCUUCAACUUUAGGAGCUCUGGAAGCAUUGCUAGACUUUUUAAAAACCAGUAAAAUACCGGUGAGUUUAAAAAUUAUU